AAACUCGGGAAUUGAACUACAUCAUCCAUCCAAACAGAUUAAACAAACAUGGAAUUAGCCAAUCGAUCGCCAAUUUUAUCAAAGUUCUUCACACCCUGACCCUGUAAUAAUUCUAAUCAUUCCUCCUCUCCAGUAAUAAUCUCCAGUUCCCUCGUUUCCAUUUUCGAACUGUGACCAGAAACGACCUUCGCGGAGAUCUUUACUCGUCGCGCCAUCUUCUUCGCUUUCUUUCCUUCCCAAUCAUUGAUUCCAUGAGAUCGAGCUCUACUUUUCUAUUCGUCGCUAUUGGAUAUAAAGAUUUAACUACGGAAGCUGCAACUUCAUUGUGAAUAUCUCUACUUCUGGUCUGGUCUUCAUGGUUUCUAUUUGAGGAGUUGAGAUCCACGUAGUUCUCAGUUUUAACCAGGAUAGUAAAGCAGCAUUCAACCUGUUUCAUUCGUAUGAUAAAAUGGAUAAUGGAACUUCUAAUAGUUCAACAGAAUCUGCAGUCAACAAUUCGGCUCCAAAAGUCGAUAGCCAAAGUAGUAAAGGAGAUAAUUUGAUAUCUAUUUUAUCUACGUCUGGAAUAUCGUCAUGGGCCAAGAGUUUUAGAAAUCCACAACCACCUGAAGCAGCUGAAAAUGACUCCAAGGCAGGAAGUUCUGGGAUGUCGGCAAUUGCUCGUUUCAGCAGUGGCUUUGGACUCCGGAUACCUGCGAUGUCUCCUGCACAGGGUGAUGGUGCUGCAGAUACCAAAUCAGCAAUGCAAUCUGGUGUUUUUGAAUCAUUGACAAAAGGUUUAGUUGACACAUCUCAGAAUGCAGUAAAGGCUAUGCAGGUAAAGGCACGCCAUAUUGUCUCUCAGAACAAGCGAAGAUAUCAGGAAGGAGAAUUUGAUUUGGAUAUGACAUAUAUCACUGAAAACAUAAUUGCUAUGGGGUUUCCUGCUGGUCACAUUAGCUCUGGUUUUUUCGGAUUCCUUGAGGGAUUUUACAGAAAUCAUAUGGAAGAAGUGAUCAAAUUUUUUGAAACUCAUCAUAAGGGAAAAUACAAAGUUUACAAUCUUUGCUCAGAGCGUUUGUAUGAUGCCUCAUUAUUUGAGGGGAAGGUUGCUCAUUUCCCGUUUGAUGAUCAUAAUUGUCCUCCUAUCCAUCUCACAAAAUCAUUCUGUCAAAGUGCAUAUGCAUGGUUAAAGGAGGAUAUUGAGAAUGUGGUUGUUGUUCAUUGUAAAGCUGGUAUGGCAAGAACAGGGCUAAUGAUUUGCAGCCUCCUUUUGUUCCUAAAGUUCUUCCAAACAUCAGCAGAGGCAAUUGACUAUUAUAAUCAGAAAAGAUGCGUGGAUGGGAAGGCUUUGGUUCUUCCUAGCCAGAUUAGGUAUGUCAAGUAUUUUGAGCGCAUUUUAACACAUUUCAACGGGAACACUCCACCAGGACGGAGGUGCAUGCUGAGAGGUUUUCGGCUUCACAAGUGCCCGUAUUGGGUUAGGCCUUCCAUUACAAUAUCAAACCACAGUGAGAUUUUGUUCUCAACAAGAAAGCAUCCAAAGACAAAAGAUUUAAUGCCAGAAGAUUUCUGGAUUAGGGCACCGAAGAAAGGAUUUGUGGUUUUUGCACUCCCGGGUGAGCCUGGUUUGACAGAGUUGUCUGGGGACUUCAAGAUUCAUUUUCACGACCGGCAUGGAGAUUUUUACUGUUGGUUAAAUACAACAAUGACAGAAAACAAAGUAUUAUUAAGUGACACGGAUCUUGAUGGUUUUGAUAAGAGAAAACUCCCAACUCCUGGAUUUCAAGUCGAAGUUGUGAUGAUAGACUAUGAUGGUUCUUUGCCAACACGAUUGAAAACUGGUUCAGCUGGCAAAGGAUCUGAUCGGGCAUCAGGUCAAGACGCAGCACAAUCCAACUCAAACAAAAUUUCCGGAGGUGAGGAGAAUGACGACAAUUUAUUCUCUGAUAGUGAUGAAGAAAAUGGUGACAUAAAAACCAGUCUAGCUCAAUCAACUUCUGGAACUGGAAAUGGAACUUCAAAAGCUGACCAUUCAUCAACAACAAUGGCCUCUGAAAGAAUUGGGAAUUUAGCGCAUGAAACCAGUCAUUUGUCCCUCGGAAAUGAGAAAAACUCACAACCUAAUGCUCCAAAAGAACCGGCCGUGAUACAACCAUCAAGCCUUGAGAUCACGAAUUUGGAUUCAGUAAGAGCAAGUGAUUUCAAGGCAAUAGCGGCUGAUGCGUCAUUCUUCACAUUUGGGGAUGAAGAAGACUUUGAUAGUGAAUGACAGUUGAACGCUGAUUAGAAACCAUUAAUACUCACAAAGGUUGGGUUACCAGAAGCUGUGAUAUUUGAAGUAAGGUCGGCUUUCAAUUGGCUGUCUUUUCCAUUAUAAUGAUACAAUCCCUCCUUUAAACCGCUCGGCCUCAUGGUAGAGAAAAAUUAAUAGAAAAUACUUAAUUGUAUUGUUCACAUCAUUGUACUGCUUAACACAAUUCUUUUUUUCAGAA